GCUUAUACAUCCUCCGUGCAUUAAGAGUCACAUGAUCUGGUCACAUGAUCAAGAACAACAUGGCGGAGUGUUGAUGCUCUUCAGGACAAGGGAUACAUGUCAACAGGGCGCUAUUUUUAUCCGUUGUAAUUUACAUAGAUGUUAACAAUGGCUUCCAAAUUCCGCCUUGCCCUCGUACAACUUGCAGUUGGGGUGUCCAAGUCAGACAAUCUGGCCAGGGCAGCCAAACUCAUCAAGGAAGCUGCAAGUGGUGGAGCAAGGGUUGUUGCGCUACCGGAAUGUUUCAACUCCCCGUACGGCACCAAGUAUUUCCCCGAGUACGCCGAGGCAAUCCCCGGACCCUCCACUGAUGCCUUGUCUAAAGCAGCCAAGGAAAACAACGUCUUUGUGGUGGGAGGUUCAAUCCCCGAGGAAGAGAACGGCAACUACUACAACACUUGCACUGUGUAUAACCCCGAGGGAUCACUCAUAGCUAAACAUAGAAAGGUUCAUCUGUUUGAUAUUGACGUCCCCGGCAAAAUCACCUUCCAAGAAUCUGAAGUCCUGUCUCCCGGCAACCAGCUGACGUUCUUCAAUACACCUUUCUGUAAGAUCGGGCUGGGGAUCUGCUACGAUAUCCGUUUCCCUGAGAUGGCCUUGCUGUAUGCCCAGAGAGGCUGCAAGUUGCUGCUCUACCCUGGGGCCUUCAACAUGACCACCGGCCCCGCCCACUGGGAGUUGCUUCAGAGGGGACGUGCCCUUGACAACCAGUUAUACGUCGCCACCAUCUCUCCAGCCAGGGAUGACAAGGCGUCGUACGUCGCCUGGGGUCACAGCAGCGUCGUCAGUCCUUGGGGUGAGGUUGUGGCUACUACUGAGCACCAGGAGGCAGUGGUCUACGCAGAAAUAGAUGUGGACUAUGCGAUGGAGGUACGGCAGCAGAUCCCCGUGCACAGUCAGAAGAGGGAGGACAUGUACAGGGUGGAAGAUCUCUCCGACCUGGAUGGGGUGGAAUAAAUCUGUGUAUCACACAGCAGGGGGUGGAAUAUAUCUCUCUCUCAGGCAGCACAUCUCAUUAUCUGUUGAGGGUUGGGGAUGGACUGACGUGUCAUGAUACAUUGUCAAACAACUGUUGUAUUGUAGGCUAGUGUGUCAUGGCUGUGUUAUGGAAGGGGGUAGGGGUUUGAGAUAGAUUUACUGAUGAAUGUAGUGACAUUCUUUGCUGUGUGUUUUGUAUCUUCAACUGAAGCAUUCAUUGUACAAGGACAGUGAUUACCGUAUUUCCUCUAUUAGACGCCGGGCCUCUAAUAGACGCUGGCCUCUAAUAGAAGGCGGGUCAGUUGUUCAGUGCAAAAAAUAGAAGCCGGGCAUCUAAUAGACGCCAAGUCGAUCAAUUGAUACAAUUUAUGAUCCCUUUCAUAGUGAAAUGGGGGUAUUAAUAGAAGCCGGGCCUCUAAUAGACGCCGAGUCGAUCAAUUGAUACAAUUUAUGAUCCCUUUCAUAGUGAAAUGGGGGUAUUAAUAGAAGCCGGGCCUCUAACUGACGCCGGGUCAAAGGCUUGUCCGAAAUAAAUAGAAGCCCGGGCGUCUAAUAGAGGAAAUACGGUACACUGUUACUCAGAAUACAGGUGGCAUGUAUGCAGAAGGUCUUUCACUUAUACUGAAUGAACAAGAUGUUUUAAAUCUUGAUGAUAAAUAUAACAUGUUCUUUUGAUAUUUCAAGGUUUUGAUUUUUAGAUUAACUUAUGCACAAGAGGUCUACUUGUGGUGUUGUGUCAGACUGAAGUACAUGAGUCAGGCUGGCAGCUGAAGUGUAUUAAGUGGGGGGAGGUGGGUUGGGGGGAGAAGGGUGGGGUUGCCAUUGGUUUGGUUUGUGGCGAGGUGGAGUGGGGUUAGGUAGGGUUGAAGUGAGGGAGAGUUGCAUUGAGGUGAGGUAGGGUGAGGUAGAGUUGUGGUGGGCUAGGGUGAAGUCGGGUUGUGUUGAGGUGGGAUAGGGUGAGGUAGAGUUGUGGUGGGGUAGGGUGAGGUCGGGUUGUGUUGAGGUGGGGUAGGGUGAGGUAGAGUUGUGAGGGGGUAGGGUGAGGUAGAGUUGUGAGGGGGUAGGGUGAGGUCGGGUUGUGUUGUGGUGGGGUAGGGUGAGGUAGAGUUGUGGUGGGGUAGGGUGAGGUAGAGUUGUGGUGGGGUAGGGUGAGGUCGGGUUGUGUUGAGGUGGGUAGGGUGAGGUAGAGUUGUGGUGGGGUAGGGUGAGGUAGAGUUGUGGUGGGGUAGGGUGAGGUCUGGUUGUGUUGAGGUAGGGUAGGUUGAGGUAGAGUUGUGGUGGGGUAGGGUGAGGUAGAGUUGUGGUGGGGUAGGGUGAGGUCUGGUUGUGUUGAGGUAGGGUAGGGUGAGGUAGAGUUGUGGUGGGGUAGGAUAGGGUGAGGUAGAGUUGUGGUGGGAUAGGGUGAGGUCGGGUUGUGUUUGGGUGGGGUAGGGUGAGGUAGAAUUGUGGUGGGGUAGGGUGAGGUAGGGUUAUGGUGGGGUGGGUUAGAGGUGAGGUGGGGUUGGGUGAGGUCUGUUUUUAUGUAGGAUAUGUCACAGAUCCAGUAACAUGAUUUCAUGUUUGAUUGUUUCUAAUGUUUGUCAUUUUGUGAAUUUUUGUGAAUGAUUGCAUAUUACUUUGCAUGUUAUCAAUCCUAAAACUACAUGUGGUGAUUACAUCUGAAUGUAGACGGAAGAUUUUCUUUUUUUUCAUUCUCAGUUACUUAUCAUGUCAUUGUCCACUUCUGUGUUUGGUGAGCCCACUUUCAGUAUUACCCGAUAGGUUGACAAACCCUUGGCCACAACCCUUCAUGGAGUUGCAUGCAUGUUAGAUUUGCCAACAAAUUCGUAUGUAGCCAGCAGGGCUUGCCCCUUUCAAAAGUUACUCGCCCUAAACUAAAUGUUGGAGGCCGCAAUUGAGUUGCCCAGGUGCUCAAAUUCUUUAGAACUCCUCAACCCUAAAACGUCAUUUCCUGCACUUUGAGUUUAAUCCUGGCUUCCAUUUCAAUUUCAAGUCCUUUCCAACUACUGUAUUCAACGUAAUAGACGCCCCGCUCCAAUAAGUGCCAACGGCGAUAUUUGCUAGUAUAUUGGCUGGUGAACAAUCCCAGUUUGCACCCCUUCCUAUUGAUCAAUGUACACAAGACUAUAAUAUGCACUUGUGUGUUAUAUGCAUCCUUAAUUAUGGGCAAUUAAAUUCUGGAAAAUAUAUCUGUCGUGUAUAAAUGCGCAGAGACUUUUCUUUGUAUCAUUUCAGGCUUUCAGCACAAACCACGGAAUUUACGAUCUUUCAACUGUUUUUUCUCUCACCAAAAUUAUAUUCUGAUAAGAGCCCCCUAUUUCUAAUUUUGAAAGGCACAGUGGGAGCUUAUUACGUCGAAUACGGUAUCAUGUAGUUGGUGUUGUAAGUCAGUCGUAAGCCUUUUCCCAAGUCACUGUGAUGGCAUUCUGAAAGCCAAGGCCUACAGAAAUAUACAAUCACUACAUUUGGGGAUACAGGGCAAAGUUCAAGAUUUUUGUAAUGGCCACUUGUACACUGGUGGCAGCAAUGAUACCGGGAGGGUCAUGAAGGUGUCACACCCUGGGAAGGAGCUGAAUGCUGUUUGAUGAAUUAUGAUAACUCUUCCAGAUCUGCCGUCUUCCAAAUUCAACUUGUUUUACACCCGUGCUGGAUGUCAAACUGAUUUGUCGGGGGGCGUAGGGAUUUUCCAACUCUUCUGUCUUUGUGUGCAAUAUAUCUUUUCCAUAACUGAGAUUGUAGAUUGCUGUGACAUUGAAUAGUGACGUGCUCUUAUGAAAAUAAAUGAAGCCUUAUGGCUACUGUGGCCUUUCAGCUGGUGCUUACAACUCA